AUGCCUUUAUCAUGCAUAAUCGAUGCUCGUAUGGUUCUCGACAUUUUUGAGCUUCAGCUAGCUUGCAUACGUGCUUUGCUAGCUCAGAGGCAGGAAACCAUGAAGACACGUUCGUUAUACUCGGAAAUACUGUUUAAUAUGUCUCCGAUCUCAAAUAUAACAGAGUCUCUGAAGCAAUUUGGAGUAUCAGAUUCAACAUCUUCACUGAUUCACUUGUUUAUUGGUGAUGAGGCACCAAGUGAUGAGGAUGUAGACGUAGCUGAUUCUCUAAUACAAGGAAAUCAAGCUCCUGUAACAGAAUUGUCGGAAUGCUGUGAUAUGAACCUCAUAAGAAAGCUAUACAAGUUGUCAGACAUACAACAAGGUCGAGAUGUCGCAUUCAAGAAUGUCGUGAAUGCUAUGGCCUUGAAAGGAUUUUCUCAAAUCUUGUGA